AUGAGACUCUUCGCCAGUGAGACCGCAGGUAUAAGCUUGAUACUGACGACAAAAACGUGCCAAGCGCGUUAUGUGUGGCUGUCGUCACUGUACCGGGGGCUAACGACAGAAAUCUGCAUCACAUUCACGCCGGGUCUUCUCUCCACUUAG